CAGAUUAGACGUAAUGAGAGGCUUGGAAAGACAUAUAAAUGGAUCUGCUACAGCCUGUUAGCGACAGCUACGGAAAUAAUUUGCCAAUGCAAAAUUACUUCAACUUCACUGUCAAAAUGGAGCUCGAAGACGUAGAGAUGUACGGAAAUUUCACAUACGACUACAACACGUCCUUCGGCAACGGUACCUUCGAGAACUGCCCCAACAUCAACCUGCCCGUGGUGUACGUGGUCACGCAGGUGCUGUACGCGCUCGUCUGCAUCGUGGGUCUGCUGGGAAAUACCCUCGUCAUCUAUGUAGUGCUUCGCUACUCCAAAAUGCAAACCGUCACCAACAUGUACAUCGUCAAUCUGGCCAUCGCCGAUGAAUGCUUCUUAAUCGGCAUACCUUUCCUCAUAAUCACCAUGUCUCUGCGCUCUUGGCCCUUCGGUCGAUUUAUGUGCAAAGCUUACAUGAUCUCUACCGGCAUCAACCAGUUUACCAGCAGCAUAUUCCUCUGCAUCAUGAGCGCUGAUAGAUACAUAGCGGUCUGCCACCCCAUAGCUGCUCCUCGACUGAGAACGCCUUUUGUUUCGAGAGUAGUGUCUGCUGCAGCUUGGACAGCUUCGGCCCUCGUCAUGACUCCGAUCUUCAUGUACACUACACUAAUCCCGACAGAGAAUGGUCUUUCUUGUAAUAUCGUCUGGCCGGAACAGGAGUUCAGCAAAGGCCAAACGUCUUUUACUCUAUACUCUUUCGCAUUAGGUUUCGCAGCACCGCUAACACUGAUAUUCGUUUUCUACUGCCUCGUAAUACAAAAAUUAAAGACAGUCGGACCGAAAAAUAAAUCGAAAGAGAAGAAACGAUCGCACAGAAAAGUGACCAAGCUGGUGCUGACUGUGAUAGCAGUCUACGUGCUGUGCUGGCUGCCAUACUGGGCAUUCCAGGUGGCAUUGAUAUAUUCGCCGCCGAGAGAGUGCGCGAGCCGUAUAACCAUAACGGUCUUUCUAGUGGCGGCUUGCUUCAGCUACAGCAACUCGGCAAUGAAUCCCAUUCUCUAUGCAUUCUUGUCUGAUAAUUUUAAGAAGAGUUUCCUGAAGGCGUGCACUUGUGCAGCGGGCAAGGACGUGAACGCUACCCUCCACGUGGAGAACAGCGUGAUACCAAAGAAAAGGGGGGGAGGAGCGGCGCGGGCACAGGCACGCGCGGCGGAGCAGUCGCGGCUGUCGGUCGCGGCGGGGGCGGCAGGCGGGUCGCGCUCGGAGGCGUCCACGGCGCUGACGUCACGGUCCGUGGCGGCCAGCGAGGCGCUGCCCCUGGAAGCACGCGCGACCCCACUCGCCCCCCUCAUAGCGCCCAACGGCAUGUCGCACACGCGCCUCUGA